AUGCAUCAGGGUACUGAAACAGGGAAAACACUUUAUGAACGUAAAGAAUGUGGAGAAGGUUUUACGUUAAAGUCACACCUCAGCAGGCAUCAGAGAAUUCACACAUGUGAGACAUAUGAAUGUAAAGAAUGUGGAAAAGAUUUUAAGCAAAAGUCAAAACUCAGCAGGCAUCAGACAAUUCACACAUGUGGGAAAUCAUACCAAUGUAAAAAAUGUGGAAAAGCUUUCAAGCAAAAGUCGAAACUCAGCAGGCAUCAGAGAAUUCACCUGUAUGAGAAACCAUAUGAAUGUAAAAAAUGUGGAAAAGCUUUUAAACAAAAGCCAACCAUCAGCAUGCAUCAGACAAUUCAGACAGGUGAGAGACCAUAUGAAUGUAAACAAUGUGGAAAAGCUUUUAUGUCAAAGUCACACCUCAGCAGGCAUCAGAGAAUUCACACAGGCGAGAAACCAUAUGAAUGUAAACAAUGUGGAAAAGCUUUUAACCAAAAGUCAGUCCUCAGCACGCAUGAGAGAAUUCACAGAGGUGAGAAAUCAUAUAAAUGUAAAGAAUGUGGGAAAGCUUUUAACCAAAAGUCAUCCCUUAGCAGGCAUGAGAGAAUUCAUACAGGUGAGAAACCAUAUGAAUGCAAAGAAUGCGGAAAAGCUUUUAACCAAAACUCAGCCCUCAGGAUGCAUGAGAGAAUUCACACAGGUGAGAAACCAUAUGAAUGCAAAGAAUGUGGAAAAGCUUUUAACCAAAAGCCGUACCUCAGCAAGCAUCAGAGAACUCACACUGGUGAGAAACCAUAUGAAUGUAAAGAAUGU